AUUGUAUGCGCAAUGCGCCCCCUCUCGCACGCCUGAAGAGAAAGAAUAGAGAGGAAACGCUGCCUCUAGACGUACGUACUCACUCCGGAGACGGAGACGAAGACGGAGACGAAGACGAUGACGGAUUGGUUGGUUGAGCUGACCUGAGAACAUCUCUCCCUUUUACCCUCUUCCCCUCUCUCUCUCUCUCUUUCUCUCGGUGGUAGCUUCCUACAAUGGUGAAUGCAUCAUCGCAUUCCUUAUCGCCAUCGGCAGCUUUGGUUCGACGAUGCGUUGAAUUUGAGGCCUGAUCGGUUCCAUUGAAAGUCAACGGCCUCGGUGUGUCCCUUUGAUCGGAUCUCGGGCCUCAUCUGAUUUCAUCUUGAGCUUCACCAUCGCGGUCGAGCUUGAAAGUGACUGACCGGCCCUCGAAUUUGGAGUUUCGAUCCCUAAGAAUCCUUUUUUCUCUGCGUUCAAUGGAGGACGGCUCACAAAUGCCGGAGGAACAAUCUCCCUCUGUUGUGCAUGGCCAUGGCCUCGUUGAUAGUUUUGCAACAACUGCAAACUCAGUCCAGCCAGCAGCAUGUGCCCUGUGCUGCAGAGAUUUUUCACCUGAUAAUCCCGUGACUGGUGACUGUGAAUUGUGCGGGGAUUGUAAAUUUUUGUGCUUAGAGAAUCUCGAGAACCCAACAAAUGGUUCCCCUCAGAGAAGGAUUUCCAGACAAAGAAGAAGAAGUGGUAGGAGAACCAGCAGAUACAGCAGUUCUGAGUCUAUUGAAGAUCUUUUCUCCCAGCGGUUCUCUCAGAUGAUUAGUAUGAUGAGACAAAACCAUGCCGCUUCCUAUGAGCAUGAGGAGCAGUAUAUAGAUGGUGAUACUUCUAUCAGGUCAUGGCAGCAGACUAGUUCCCGCUCCACGCCAAGUGGAUCUAGAAGAUGGUACCGCAUGCUGUCUGAUACUGAAAGUGAUGGUUUUGACAAUAUGGAUUCUCUGUACGGGGAGAGUGAAUCUAACUUGAGUUUCAGUCAUUACCGUACAUUUAAUGGUGAGAGCGAUGCUGUUUCUAUGAGUACUUAUAAUGGAGGCGACUCUGAUGCUUCUGUAGAUGAGCAGAGUUUUCUCGAAACUGACAUACUUGCUCGGCCAAAUGGAGAAAGUGAUCUCGAUAGUGAUACUGACAUUGAUCCCAUGAAUGCUGGUCUGAGCCAGUGGGACCUGGAUAACCAUGAAGAGGAUGAAGGAGAAGGGGAAGAAGAUGGACAAGGUGAAUGGGAAGAGACUGAUGCCGAAGAAGAUCCAUCUCUGGAACGCGGGGGUCAUCUUGGAAACUCUCCAAGCUCUGCCCAAACUGACCGGAGUGAAUUAAUUGUAUUUCCCGAUUUUGAAGGUGCAAUUCGUCUGACAUUCAGAGGCAGGACCCGUGACAAUGCUCGCACCAUCAUCAGUAACAUGGUUGACUUGGGCUUGCCUUCAUAUGAUGGAAAUUCUGGUGAUUAUCUGGAUGCAAGAGGAUUUGAGGAGCUGCUCGAGCAUCUCGCAGAAAAUGACACUUCAAGAAGAGGAGCCCCUCCUGUGUCUGUCUCAUGCAUAAACAGCUUGCCUCUUGUCACCAUCAGUGAGGAACAUGUGAAGCAUGACAGUAUUUCCUGUGCAAUAUGCAAGGAUGCUCUAGCAGUUGGCGAUAAAGCAAACCAGCUUCCCUGCCUUCACCUCUAUCACCCCUCCUGUAUAUUGCCAUGGCUGAGUUCACGUAAUUCCUGCCCACUGUGUCGCUAUGAACUUCCUACAGACGAUAAGGACUAUGAGGAGAGUAAGCAAGCUAAUAUUCGGAGGAUGCGUAAUGUUGAAGAAAAUAGGCUGCAGAGAGCAGUGGAGGAGAGUUCCUAUAAUGAGGUUGAAAUAACUGAAGAGCAAGAACCAAGUCCGAGUGAUAUAGAACCGGCGGAUGUAUCUGCGGGUGAUUCCUCCGCCAAUGGCUCUCAAGCUGAAGGCAGUAGAAGAAGAUGGUUCCACCUAGCUGCCACACCAAUUCUUGGACUUGUGGGAAUGGCCCUUGUGCUGUGGUUGGGGAAACCUCUUAUUCAGAGGGGACAAGCAGCUAACCCUCUUAACAUUUUCGAAGCGGGUCAGUCUCGAGGUAAUUUUCUUGAUGCUUCACCCACCCCUAGAGAGAACCGAAGCAGGAGAUGGUGGUCCUUCUUUUGAAGCAGCUAAUGAGUCAUCUUGUGUACGUCCUCUUCCCCCAUGACCUAAUCAAUAACUUCCUGUUCAUGACCUGAAGUGUUUCUGGUCUCCAGUUCUAAUAUACGGGUUCCAUGAUGGGAGAUUGAAUUUAGUUUCUGUGGGAAUAUGCCCCACUCGAAGUUACUAUAUUUGUGCGGUCUCUUCUGCUAAUGGAGAGUCUCUUGUAAAGAUAAGAAUCUGAUUUUCAGCAAGCUCGAGAGAGCUCGGCUGCAAGUAGUGGAUGCAUUUUAUCGUGUUUUGUGGAUACUUGUCUCGAUUGCAAUACGUAUGCUGUUACUUUCAUUGCUCACAUCAAAAUCAUGUACUUAUGUUUUUGCGAGUUU